UCUCAAUUGGUGGUGCACUGGGUGUAACGCUGUUUAUAUUAUUUAUUUGAUAACUUUCUUUUCUAAUUUUUUGUUCCCGUUUCCACUUGGGUCUGAAUGAUAAUAUUGGCUGUAUCCAUGGGUAGAAGUAUAUUAUUAAUCCAAUUAUUGCAAUUAUAGGUGCCACAAUCGUAACAAUCUGUAAAUAGUUUUUCCACUCCCCGAAAAAGGAUAAAAGAUUUAGCGGAUUUAAUGAAAUAUUUUUUGCAGUUUCUAUUCCGGCAUUUACAAUUUCUCCCGUUUUUUCACCGAUCUGGAGAAGAAUGUUCGAAUUAUUGGCAUAUGUUAUAUUUUUCAGACUUAAAAUUUUUUCCUGUUUAUUUAUCCUAUUAGCGUAAUUGUGUAGUAUUGAAAUAGAUGCCAUCAAACUAUUUAAAUCGGAUUGAAAUAUCGUUUCUGCUCGGAAAAUUUUCCGAGCCUCCUCGGGUUUAUAUGGUAAAAAAUUUGGUACCAUAUCAACAGGUGUCAGUCCGUCAAUGUUUCGCCAUUGACCUUUUUCGUCUUUGAAUACUGACUUUGGUCUUUUUUCGCAUUCAAUUUUUUCACUUUCGGAAACUAAAUCUUGAGCAUAGGACCCACUAACCAUAAAUAGAAUUCUCGUUAAAUUGC